AUGGCACACAUCUUCGACCUCGCCCCCCAACUUGUGGCAGGAAACUACAAGGACGGCAUCAAAGCCACCGACCAGGUCCAGUACCCCGCCACGGGCGUGUUCCAGGGUUUCAACAAACCGUCGCGCAUCGAGGGCGACGUGUUCGACCUGGAAUUCACGGGCAAAAUCCCGCCCGAGAUCGACGGGACCUUCUACCGCGUGCAGCCGGACCACCGCUUCCCGCCCGUCUUCGAGGACGACAUCCACUUCAACGGCGACGGGAGCGUGACGGCGAUCCGCAUCCAAAAGGGACACGCCGACUUCAAGCAGCGCUAUGUCCGGACGGAUCGGUACAAGGCCGAGACCAGCGCGAGGAGGGCCCUGUUUGGGAGGUACAGAAACCCCUUCACCGACAGUGAGACGGUCAAAGGGGUGGUGCGGACCGCGGCAAACACCAACAUCACCUUCUGGCGAGGCGUCUUGCUGGCGAGCAAGGAGGACGGGCCCCCGUACAUCAUGGACCCCGUCUCUCUGGAAACGAUCGGCCGGUACGAUUUCGAGGGUCAGAUCCUCACACCCACCUUCACGGCACAUCCCAAGUUCGACCCGGACACGGGGGAAAUGCUGUGCUUUGCGUACGAGGCCGGCGGGGACGGCCACGACGGCUCCAAUGACAUUGUGGUGUGGACCAUCGACAAGGAUGGGAAGAAGACCGAGGAAUGUUGGUACAAGGCCCCGUUUUGCGGAAUGAUUCACGACUGUGGCAUCAGUAAGAAUUACAUGGUGUUGCCGUUGACACCGAUCAAGUGGACAGGCAUCGAGGCGUUAAAGGGCGGAGGGAAUCACUGGGCCUGGGAUCCUAAUGAGGAUCAGUGGUAUGGCGUGGUUCCCAGAAGAGGAGCCAAGUCGGAAGACAUUGUCUGGUUUCGAGCUGACAAUGGUUUCCACGGGCACAUCGCAGGAUGCUAUGAGAACGAAGAUGGCCACAUCGUUUUCGACCUCACCGUCGCAGAUGGCAAUGUCUUCUUCUUCUUCCCUCCUCUCGGCGAGGCCCAAGGUCCCCUGGCCAAGCGGAAUCAACUGCAAAGUCCGACCACCCGGUGGAUAUUCGAUCCUAAAGCCAAGUCAGGAACACGAGUGACGCCCGCCGAAACCUGGAUGACAAACGGCGAGUUUUCUCGGAUCGACGACCGAUUCGUGACCAAAAAGUACAAUCACUUUUGGCAAGCCAAAGUCGACCCAACGAAGCCUUAUGAUUUUGCAAAGUGUGGACCACCAGCAGGCGGCUUGUUUAACUGUCUGGGCCAUUACAGCUGGGACGACAGGACCGAAGAUGUCUUCUUCGCGGGACCAACGGCGACUUUUCAAGAACCAACAUUCAUCCCCAGGGAUGGAGGCUCCGAGGGAGAAGGAUAUCUCAUCGCUCUGCUCAACCAACUCGACGUCCUUCGAAACGACAUAGUCAUUAUGGAUGCUCUCGAUGUGGCCAAAGGACCGCUGGCGGUGAUCCACCUGCCGUUCAAGCUGAAGCUGGGCUUACAUGGCAAUUUUGUUGACCACAGAGACAUCGAUGAAUGGCAGAAGAGACGGUCCGAAUCCGGCGAUAUUGGGCCGGCCCAGCCAGCUAAAGAGCCUCUACCCUGGCAGAUCCGCCAAAGGGAGCAGGGCCAGAGUGAGCAGAAUGGAGUCAAUGGUGCUGGAUCGAAUGGCGUACAUGGUGGAUAG